AUGUAUCGCGACGUUGAACCCCUCACGAAACCAAUAAUUCCAGCGUUCCCUUUGGAUGAUUCAUUAUAUUGUCUAGAACCCGAGGAGAUUGCAUUCUUCAAAAGACAGACUAACAUUCAAGAUGAAGUAGCCUUAAAGACGCAUAUCAUUGGUGUGCAGAAGGAGGCAUACAAGGUAGCUCCCUAUCCGUGCAUCCGAGGAUUUCAUUUCUUGCACCCAAAUAUCUCUAAACUACCCAAUUACGACCACAUUUUGAAGCGUGGCUCUGAAGGGGCAAUCUUACUCGAUAUCGGUUCUUGUCUGGGAAUCGAUGUUAGGAAGGCAGCUGAGGACGGGUUUCCGGCUCAUAACAUCAUCGCUUCUGACAUCAAAGAAGCAUUUUCCGAGCUUGGGUGCAAGCUCUUUAAAUCAAGCUCGGAACCAAGUUAUUUCAUUCCUGGCGACGUAUUUGACCCCGCAUUUCUAUCGAUUACCCAGCCAGCCAGUUCUGUCCCAGAGGAUGCCAUGCCGGACAUCCAAACAUUGCGAUCAUUAAAUGACCUUCGCGGUCGCGUCGGUGUCAUCCACGCUUCCAAGCUAUUUCAACUAUUCGAGGAGAAGAAACAACUUGAACUUGCUCGCGCCUUGGGAGGCUUGCUAUCCUGCGAACCUGGCUCCAUAAUCUGCGGAUCUGUCACCAUCGCAUCGGAGAAAGGCAUCUUUCGUCAAACGGUGCUAGGUGUCGACAUCACCUACUUUUGCCACUCCCCCGAAACUUGGACUGCUUUGUGGGAUGGUGUCGUGUUUGCAAAGGGUCAAGUAAAGGUCGAGACGAGCACAUUAAGCCUUGACUGUGGGCGGCAUUGCUUUCUCUAUUUUAUAUUGGAGCCCUCAGACCAUCUUUGGCCGCCAUCACCGGCCCCGUCAGUCAUGAUUCAGCACUAG